AUGAGAAAUAUUAGGCAAAGAAAGAUCGAUGAGAACAAGCCUUUGCCUAUUGUCAUCUUUUACUCAUUGCUUAACAAGGGCUCAACGGAAGGCGGCAACUCAACGUUGUCUGCAUCAUCGACAACAACAACCGAAACAUCAAGCAGCUCAAAUCAAAAUGGAACUCUUCACCACAGUAACACAAGCAUACACAAUGAUGUGUCUAAACUAAAUUCUGAAAAUUCACUAAAGUUGAUCGGAACUCAUCCUGACAAAAUUUCACACAAUAUCAAGAAUGGAAACGCUCACAGCAAUGGAUUUGUCAUCAAGAAUCAUGCAUCAACCAGUUCUACUGAGAAGAAGAAAAGGUCAAAAUUGCAAAAACGAAAAUCCAUGACGCCUCAAGAAGAAUUAAAAUUAAUUGCAAAAGAAACAGGUCUCGAUGAGGACACACUUCAGGUUCUACUGAAAUGUCAAGAAAAUAAUGAUAAUAUUUCUCAUAAUUAUACGUACGACCACACUAUUGAUGAAGAAUCAGAUCAUGGAAGGAGCAGCGGAGGUUUGGGUAAUGCUAGGAGAGGCGGAAGUGGAGCAAUAUUUCGAUCAUCGUCGUCAUCAUCUCAAAACUCAUUAUUAACUGCUCCCGAUAUUAUCAUUCAUAUACCGAACGUUAAAAUUAUUUCUGAACCAGAAAAUAAUGAUAAAUUGUCGGAUCAUUCGUCAAGUGCAUCGUCGUCGUCGACGACAAAUGCAUACAUAAAUGGACAUGCAUCUAGGAUACGUGCAGAGUUUUCUCAAGCAAUUAAUGAAAAGAAACGGCGCAGAAAGGAGCAAAGUCAAAGUCGGAAGAAAACCAAAUUUCAACAAACAACACAUUACUUACACUAUUUACCAAACAAUUUGCAGAUUGACAGAGACAUUAAUUCAAUUUUAUACGACAUGGAGGAUGAGGACUUUAUUUUUUUGGAGAAAUUUCAUGAAAAUUAUUUGCGAAUGUACGAAGAAUGCUUUGGUGAGGAGAUAUGUUUUAAUGGAAUUCGAAAUAAGAGGACUAUAACCAUGGACCAAUUGCUGCAGAGGUGGCAAGUGUCAUCGAAACAUUUACUGCCAACACCAGCACAAACACUUCAAAUUCUAGAUGAGGACUUUUUUGAGGAAUGUAUCGAUAGAUUCGAAAAAACAACUGCAUUUUCGAAUGAUCUUUGCACAUUUAGAAGUGCGUUGGAGAAAUUUCCAAGCUUGAAACGAUUUUUUUUCGAUGUUGAAAAUUAUUUAACACUUCCGCAUGUGCAGAAUGGCAAAAGUCCCUUAGGUCUGAAACCAAGCCACCAUGCCACCUCCUCACCAAGCAUAAAUCCUUCCCACAAACAUCAACCAGAACCCUCAAGCAAUGAUAACCUCACCACCACUAGCGCCUUGGGUACCUGUUCCACAUUGAAUACCACUUCGACAUCACAAAUUUCCAAACUGAACUCUUCCUCUCCAUUCCUGCAGCAGUUCACCAAAAAUGACUCUGAUUCACGCUAUAAUCUUCACAUAUUUGCUAAUUCAAAAACCGUAUCCGAAAAUAAUUCCAUCACAAAACAAUCCAAUAGUAAUUCUAUCCUUUCUCCAACUCCAUUACAAGCAGAUGUAGCAGCAUCAACCACAACUAGGCAACCUAACCUAUCACCGCUAUUACACUUUCCUUCCCAACAUUCCGUUUCUUCGUCCUCUGAUUAUUCUAGCAGCAUGAACACUACUACAAAUUGUUCGAUACCAUCUACAAGUGAUAGCAGUACUAGCAGCAGCCCGUCUUCUUCGAAGAAGAUACUACCAACUUCCUUUCUUUAUGAAAUUUAUUUAUUCUGGAAAAAAAAACGUUUAUCUAGAAUUGUUUCUAGUACAGAUAAGAUGCUUUACCCAACAUGCGGUAGGCCAUUAAUUUUGGACUUUGAAAAACAAACGAGUAUUCAUGACAAAAAUCAUCAUGCUGCAUUUAGACCAAGACAACUCCCAAAAAAACAAUCUGAGGAAAUUCUAAAUGACACCUCAUCUCUUCAACGACUUCGAAAGCUAAGAAAAGACCUAAUAUCACUCAGCAAGCUCAUGGAAAUGAUCAACACACGAGAAGAAAAGAAGCUUGAAUAUGUGACCUUGUUACAAGAAGUUUUAUUGAACAAACUUGGUCCUUCUGCUGUUGUGAAUGGUUGUCAACAAGAGGAAUUGACAAGUGGGCACCUUCAUCCAAUUCACACCACUUCUUCACUGGAAAAUGGUAAUGCGAAGGACCCCAUUUCAUCCCUUCAUACCAACUCUCAUGCCAAAUCAACUCAUAAUCAUGAUGAAAAACAAUCAGCUGAUUCAUCUUUAUCGAGGAUCCAAACCUCGAUGGACAUUGUAGAUGGUACCAAAGCUUCAUUACAUGACGCUACACCCCACAAUAUUCCUUCCAUACCUCAUCCCAAUUCAGAAAUGGACACUACUACCAUUGAAUAUAAUCCCAUGUGCGAAAGUGUUUGGAAGCAACAACACAAACAAGACGCUAAAUCUGGUUACACCAGUAUGAAUUUGUUGCACUUUAAAGAAAUUCUGAAAAAACACAACAGACCUUUCUUUCCAUUUCUUGCCAAAUAUGUUAGAAAAGUUCGCAAUUUCACGGGAGAUGACUCUAUUGCAGAACAAUUUAAUACAGACCUUCCAAGCUAUGUGCCUGGUAGCGAGUACAAGGCACAAUUGACUCGUGAUGGAGUUACAUUUGAUUUUCCAAAUGAUAUGCAAGAACCAUUCCAUACUCAGCAUGAAAUUGCAUUCAACCACAAAAUUGACAAUUUGCUUGCAGACGAAGUUGCGCAAUACAAACAACGGCAAGAACAAGUACAAAAUGGGAACUGUAGCAGUGGUGACAUGCUCGUGCAACUGCUGGAUGAAGAAGAAAACGGUGAAAAUUCCCAUCCGUACGAUGACAUUCGUGAAGUUGAACUGAGCGAAUUCGAAGAACGAAUGAAUGUGGUGGUCACAGACCAGUCAUCUGAUAGGAAGAAUGCAGAGUUUUCGCAUCUCCACGAUCCUUUCCAACCCCAUGAUGAUUUUAUGGAUUUUCAAACACAAUAA